AUGUAGCCACUCAAAAAUCCAUUUGGUAUUAUAGAUCCAAAUGAGAAGCCAAAGCAAUACCAGAGUAAUCCCUUUGACAUAUAAAAUGAUGAAUUGAAUGAAACCAUUAAAUUAGGUGACAACGUGGCAAAUCAAGAAGAGAAACAUUUGCUCUUUGACUCAUAGAAAUCACAGUCUCAAGAAACCGUAGAAGACUUACCUUUAUUAGAAGACCUCGAUAUUACAUCGCCAUUGCUCAUUAAAUCUAGGAUUAUGAGUGUGCUCUUUUUCUAAAAAUGCGAUAGCGAGUAUUUGGAAGACCCUGAUCUCUCAGGUCCCAUCCUUAUUGUUGUAUCAUUGGGCCUAUUGCCAUUAUUAACAGGAAAAGUGCAUUUCAAUUAUAUUUACGGGAUAGGAUUGUGGGGUUGGAUGCUACUCUAUUUAUUAAUGAACUUUAUGAUUCAACAACAAGGCAAGUAGAUAGAGUUCUACAAAAUAUUGAGUUAUUUAGGUUAUGGAUUGGCACCAAUAGUUGUCUUAUCUUUUCUCAGUGUAUUUUUGUAAUUAAAUUCAUCUUUCGGAUAUGCAUUAGCUAUAGUAUUGUUUCAAAGACCUUUGAUACUAUUCUAGGAUUACAACAUAGAAGAUUGUUGAUAGCCUAUCCCCUGUUUUUAUUCUAAUUGCACAUUUGUAAUUAUAACAAUAUUUUGACCCCAAUCAUGAUAUGGUAGAUAACAGAAAAUCAUUAAAAACUGAUAUAUAU